CGCCGGGUCCUUUUCGAGCCUCUUCUUCCUUUCUUCUCCAGGCCGCUUCAUCUUUCAAGUUGCUGGGCACUUCCUCUCCUUUAAGCAUUUUUCGAUACAUAGCAUUCUUUCUUCUUUUACCUUCUUUGUAUCAUCCAUUCUUUCACCGCGAACGACAUUCGACAUUCCUUCGUGGCUCACUUAUAGCAUACACAUUCUUUUCAAAGGUGCUCAGGUAUCACCGUUGCAUUUAUUUACAACCGUCCUAGCGACCUUCACAGCUCGUCGAAAGCUUCACUCGAUUUGCACACAUCCCGUCUUCUCUUUCACCAUGAAGUUCUCUACCCUCGCGGGCGCUGCCGCCAUGACUGGCGCUGCCAUGGCUGCCAAGGACAGCCGAACCUUUGCUGUUUUGCGAUUCACCAACAAGGGCUUGGUCACCACUCGUGCUGAUCCCAUUGUCCAGCCCGGCGGUCCCUCUGGACACGUCCACAACGUCCUCGGCGGCAGCAACUUUGGCUUCUCCUCCACCGGCCAGGACCUGCUCAAGUCCAACUGCAGCACUGCGCUGGUCAAGGGUGACUUCUCCAACUACUGGUACCCGACCCUGUACUUCCACGACCCCAAGACCGGCCUCUUGGAGUCUGUCGACGUCUACUACACCAACGUCUACUACUUCUUCGAGGCCACCAACGACGACAUCAAGGCCUUCCCCACCGGCCUGCAGAUGGUCUCUGGCAAUGCCAUGACCCGUGUCGGCCCUGCUGGCGGCGGCGGCUCUCAGCUCGACCCCUCCAAGGGCCCCGUCAACCCGAUCCAGUUCACCUGCCCUCGCACCUCCUACAAUCCUCCCUCCUAUCCCGUCGGCUCUGACGGCACCAAGGCCGGCAUGGUUGAUCCCAACAACCAGGGCGCUGGAUCUGGUUUCCCUGACGUUACCUGCGACGGCCUGUACUCUCCUCUCCGCCUGGACAUCCACUUCCCCUCCUGCUACAACCCUGCCGCCGGCCUGACCAACUACAAGAACAACACUGCCUUCCCCACCGACGCCGGCAAUGGCAAGCAGGACUGCCCUGCUGGCUGGAUUCACACUCCUCACAUCUUCUUCGAGGCCUACAUGGACACCCAGCCCUUCAAGGGCCGAUGGGACGAGAACCAGGGCACCCAGCCUUUCGUCUUCUCCAACGGUGAUGUUACCGGCUACAGCGGCCACGCCGAUUUCAUGGCUGCCUGGGACGAGGAUGUCCUCCAGCACAUCAUUGACACUUGUGACGCUGGUGAUUCUGGUAUGGACCAGUGCCCUGACCUGCCCUACGGCCUGAACAGCGGCGAGUGCACCAUUCCUCCUCUGGUCAACGAGCAGAUCACUGGUAACCUCACUGCCCUCCCUGGUAACAACCCCCUCAGCGGCUUCAGCUUCGGUGCUGCUCCUGCUAUGAGCUCCGGAUCUUCUAGCUCCAGCUCUAGCUCUGGCUCCACCAACAACGCUUCCUCUGGCUCUUCCUCUGGCUCUUCCGGCUCCUCUGGUUCCUCUGGCGCUGGCGCUUCCAGCAAGCCAGCCAGCUCCUCCAAGCCUGCUGCCACUAGCAACGUCGUCAACGCUGCCCAGCCUGUUACCACUUCCAAGGCCGCCGCUGGUGCUGGCUCCAAGACUAUUGAGUCCAACCCUCCUGCUACUUCCAAGCCUGCUGCAGGUGGUGCCCCCGCUGGUGGUGAUGAGCAGUGCAGUGCUGCCAACGUCCACACCGUCACUGAGACCGUCACCGUCACUGCUGGUUCAGCCCCUGCUUCCACCCCUGUUGCUACCAAGGGUAACUCUGCUGCCACUGUCGGUGGAUACACCUAUGCUGGCUGCUACCAGGACAACAUUGGCCGUGUUCUGAGCGGUGAUGUUCUGCCUAACCUUGGCCCCAUGACCAACGAGAAGUGCGUUGCCAACUGCGUUGGCAAGGGCUUCUCUAUUGCCGCUACUGAGUACGGUGGCCAGUGCUACUGUGGCAACGAGCUCGUCGGCUCUUCCAAGCUCGCCGAGUCUCAGUGCGCCACCCCUUGCGAGGGUAACUCCAAGGAGGUUUGCGGUGGAGGCUGGGCUAUCAGCGUCUACAGCAAGACCGGCUCCGUUAGCAUGACCACUGCUAACUCCCGCCGCUCUGAGCACGCCCGCCGCCACCGCAGCCGCCGCAUCUAAGGUGUCGUCGGCUAUGUUUGGCGCAUUUAGGAUUUGUAUGAGCUGAGUGUUCUGGAGUAUUUUAAGCGUUGCAUGGGUGAUUCCGUGAAUUUAUGGUGGUAGGGUCAUGGGUAAAGGUACAAAGUCAGCAGCGGGCAUGAUAUCUGCUGACUUUGGGAGUGAUUGUUGGAUACUUCGAUUCUCACGUGUAUUUUUGAAAACAUAUUUUACGCUUCUUGGUUUUCUUUAUCUGUCAGAUCAGUUAAAGGGGCCUCCCACGAGGGGAUUUUAAAGCUUUUAUCAAUCGAGGUCUAUGAAUGACUGGGUCUUAUAGAGUCUGAAUAAAAAAGUUUAUGAGC